AUGUCGCAGAUCGGUAUCUGGCCUUAUCAGAGCAGGACAAAGAGGAUAUUGAUACCCAGCACGAUAGUGUUAAUCUCUAUCAGCGUUCUUAUAGCAGAGACGCGGCACUUGUUUUCUUUAAUUGAAUAUCACUGGCAGGUGUUUACCAAUUCCACGGACAUUGAGAUCAUGCAGGAUUACGUUACGUUUGGUAGAAAAGUGCUAAUACUUUAUUCAAUUUAUAUUUACACGUCGCUGGCACUGUUCAUGAUAAUUCCGAUGUCGCCGCAGAUCAUGGACAUUGUAAUGCCUCUCAACAACACUCGUCCGCGAAAAUUAUUAAUCGAGGUCGAGUACCGUGUAGAUCGAGAGAAAUACUACUAUCCCAUCUUAUUCCAUUCUUACGUGGCGAUUGUACUGAUUAUAUCGAUCAUAGUAUGCGUCGAUACUACAUACAUAUCAUACGUGGAGCAUGGCUGCAGUUUAUUCGCAGCCAUUGGGUAUCGAUUAGAGCAUGUUAUUUCAAAAGGACACAUUGAUAAAACAAGUUACUUCGCGAAAAGCAAAGAAAGAACGUAUCAAGAUGUAAAAAUCGAAGAUACUUGCUUCAAAGAGAAGGAGAUUUUUUAUGAAUUUGUCACGUGCUUGCGAAAACAUCAGCUUGCAAUUAAGUAUGUUUGCAUAUUAGAAUCUUCCUUCACGUUAUCGACAGGUAUCCAAUUGUUGUGUAACAUAGUUGGCAUGAGCCUUAUAGGAGUUCAAGUGCUUCUAGUAUACGAUACUUGGGGUAAUAUGGAUGUUAUCGUUGAAGCUAUAAUUGUCAUUACUUGUAUUUUUGGUGCUAGUACAAAGUUGAUUAAUAUCAUUGUGAAUAAUCACAAAUUCCGACGGUUAUUGCAACUUAUGUGCGAACACUGGGAGUUUUUUAAUAGCGAAUUUGAACGUCAUAUUAUGAGAUAUUACGCUAGUAUCAGCCAAAAAGUGACAAAAUACUUUGGAGUAUAUUUUAUCGUCUUUACAAUAUUUUAUUUGCUAAUUCCAUUGAUACCAAGAAUCUUGGACGUCGUAAAACCGCUGAACGAGUCGCGGCCAUUGAUAUACGUAUAUUCGGUUGAAUACAGAGUAGACAAAGAAAAAUAUUAUUAUCCAAUAUUACUUCAUUGUUAUGCUACGAGUUUAAUUACCAUAAUAAUUCUGUUCACCAUCGAUACUACGUAUAUAAUGUGUGUAUUGCAUGUUUGCAGUUUAUUUAUAGCUAUCAGCCAUCGUCUUGAAAACAUUACUGUUAAAGCAGAAACUAAAUCAGACAACAACAAAAAAUAUGUAGGAAGGCAUUGUCAUCUAUUGAUGGAGAAACACGGUUCUACUGGCAAUGAUUAUCGUGAAUUGAUAAUGUGCUUGAAAAGACAUCAACUUGCAUUAGAACAUGUCCAAAUACUGAAUUCUACAUUUACUCAAGCAAUGUUCAUUCUUCUAUCUCUGAAUAUGCUGAAUAUGAGUGUGAUCGGAAUACAGCUUAUCAAAAACCUGGAACACAUCAACGAGAUAAUAAGAUCCAUUUUUUUUAUUUGCGCUGUGUUUAUACACCUCGUAUGUAUGUGUAUUCCUGGACAAUUAUUGAUAGAUCGAAGCACAGAAGUUUUCGAUAAAGCAUACGGUUCAUCAUGGUAUACAUUUUCCAUAAAAACUAGAAGAUUAUUAAGAAUACUUCUUUAUAGAAGUCUCUCUCCAUGUACACUCACGGCUGGAAAGAUGUUUAUUCUGUCUAUGACUAUGUGCAGUUCGAUGAUGCAAACUGCUAUGUCAUAUUUCACGACCUUUUUAUCCAUGAGAUAGGGAUGCUAUUACAAAUUAUAUUAUAUGUAUCUUUACAAAAAUUAUUAUAUUAAAAAAAAUCAUCAAUAGUCAUUGUGUUUUACAAAGGAAGGUAAUUAUAAUCAUUAUAAUAAA